CAUCAUGGCAGGUGGUGUAAGCACAGGUCAGAUCCAGUAAGAGAACAGCAGCAGAGAGGUGUCCCCGUCCUCUUCUUCCACAGGAUCAGGAUCAGACUAUGAAUCAGGAUGAAGAUCUAAAUUAUAUUAAUGCUUCAAAGACAUAUGUGAGCAGUGAUGAGCAGUAUAAGGAUGACAUUCCUGCAGGGAAAAAUCUGAUCUAUUUUAAUGCUAAAGACAUAAAGAAAGAAGAGGAGACAGAUGUUAGCGGUGAUGAGAAGUAUAAGGAGGACAUUUCUACUGGAAAAGAUCGGACCUAUAUUAAUGGUACAGAUAUAAAGAAAGAAGAAGAGACAGAUGUGAGCGGUGAUGAGCAGUAUAAGGAGGACAUUCCUACAGGGAAAGAUCUGAUCUAUAUUAAUGCUCUAGCCCUGAGGGUAAAAGAAGAGGAGACAGAUUUGAGCGGUGAUGAGCAAUACAAGGAGGACAUUACUACAGAUUCUUGUACCGGGAGAUCAGAGGAGAAUCUUAUAUCUUCAUAUUAUAAAGCAGAUGAUGAUAUCACACAAGAUACAUAUGAAGAACAUUCCAUUAUCCCAGAUACACCCUCAGCCCUUCACAGACAAGAUCUGUCAUCUCAUCCUGUUAUACCCGUCAUGUCUUCUGAUCCAUCACAGGCUGGUAAACAGAAUGAAAGCCACAGAAGGGUUGUUGGACAUGGAAAAACUAAUACAGAAAAGGAGCCAUUUUCUUGUUUAGAAUGUGGGAAAUGUUUUACUAAAAAAUCAAGACUUUUUGAACAUCAAAGAACUCACACAGGAGAGAUGCCAUUUCCAUGUCCAGAAUGUGGAAAAUGUUAUCGUUAUAAAUCAAAUCUUGUUGAACAUCUAAAAAUUCACACAGGAGAGAAGCCAUUUCUUUGUCUAGAAUGUGGAAAAUGUUUUCCUCAAAAAACACAGCUUUUUAAACAUCAAAGAACUCACACAGGGGAGAGACCAUUUCCAUGCCCAGAAUGUGGGAGGAGUUUCUCAAGAAAUUUAAGUCUUGUUGAACAUCAGAGAAUUCAUACGGGGGAGAAGCCAUUUUCAUGUUCAGAAUGUGGGAAAAGUUUUAUUCUGAAAUCGCAACUUGUUAUACAUCAAAGAACUCACACGGGGGAGAAGCCAUAUCCAUGCCCAGAAUGUAAGAAAUGUUUUACUCAGAAAAUACAUCUUGUGAAUCACCAAAGAACUCACUUAACAGAGAAGCCAUUUCCAUGCCCAGAAUGUGAAAAGUGCUUCUCAAUGAAAGCAAGUCUUCUUGAACAUCAUAAAUUUCACACAGGAGAGAAGCCAUUUAUAUGCUCAGAAUGUGGGAAAUGUUUCAAUUUGAAUUCACAACCUAUUGAACAUAAUAGAAUUCACACAGGAGAAAAGCCAUAUUCAUGUUCAGAAUGUGAGAAUUGUUUUAUUCUCAAAUCAUCUCUUGUUAAACAUCAAAGAAUUCACACAGGGGAGAAGUCAUUACAAUGCACAGAAUGCGAAAAAUGUUUUACUCAGAAAUCAUCUCUUGUCCAACAUCUGAGAAUUCACACAGGGGAGAAGCCAUUUUUCUGCCUGGAAUGUGGGAAAUCUUUUAUUUCAAAAUCAAUACUUGUACAACAUCAAAAAACUCACACAGGAAAGAGGCCGUUUCCAUGUCCAGAAUGUGACAAAUGUUUUACUCGUAAAUCAAUACUUAUUCAACAUGAGAAAAUUCACACAGGGGAGAAGCCAUUUUUGUGCCAAGAAUGUGGGAAAUGUUUUACUCGUAAAUCAUUACUUGUUGAGCAUCAGAGAAUUCACACGGGGGAGAGGCCAUUUAAAUGUUCUGAAUGUGGAAAAUCAUAUACCUUAAAAAAAACUCUUACUAAACAUCAAAGAAAGAGUUUUCAUGUCCAGUGUGUGGGAAACGUUUAAGGAAAGGACAUCUUGUUGAACACCAGAAAACCCACACAGAGGAGAAGCCAUUAUCAUGAACCAUAUGUGGAAACUUUGUAACCACAAGUCGGCUCUAAAUCAACUUAAAAAUAUUAUUCAGCAUAGGAAAAAUAUUUUAAUGAUCAGAAGGUGGGAAAGAUUUUACCCACGAAUAUAUAUAUAUAAUUGUUUUGUUUAUUUAAACCCGUCUUAUUUAGAACAAAAACAUAGCAGCAAAUCCAGCAGUACAGAUACAGAUAAAAUGAUCAUCUUUUAUUUAGGACCAGGUCAAUUUUAUUUUUGCUUUUUCAUUUUUUCCUCCUCGCCUUCUAAAAAUCGGAGCUCUUUUUAUAUUUUCAUUUACAGACUAGUAUGAGGGCUUGUUUUUUGCACGACCAGUUGUCCUUUGUAAUGACAUGAACCAUAAAAUGUAUGGCGCAACCAAAAAAAUACUAUUUGUGUGGGGAAAUUAAAAAGAAAACUGCAAUUUAGCUAAUUUCGUUUUCACGCCGUACAAUUUAAGGUAAAAGUGACAUGUGUUCUUUAUUCUCUGGGUCAAUACGAUUAAAAUGAUACCCAUGAUUACAUACUUUUCUAUUACUGUUGCGCUUAAAAAAAAAAUCGCACACUUUUUAACCAAAUUAGUACGUUUAAAAUCCCUCUAUUUUGACAACCUAACUUUUUCAUUUUUUUCUGUAUAAGCGGAGGUAUGAGGGCUCAUGUUUUGCGCCGUGAUUUGUGUAUAUAAAACUUUUAUAAAUUUUAUUUUAAAUAAUUUUUUUUAUAAAAAAAAAAGCAGCAAUUUUAGACUUUUUUUUUUACGUUCACACCGUUCACUGUACGGGAUCAUUAACAUGAUAUUUUAAUAGUUCGGACAUUUACGCGAGCGGCGAUACCUAAUGUUUUUUUUUUUUUUUUACACUUUUUGGGGGUAAAAUGGGAAAAAGGGACAUUUUACAUUUUUAUUGGGGGAGGAGAUAUUUCACAUUUUAUUAACUUUUUUUUUUACUUUUUCAUUUACACUUUAUAUUAAUAUACUUUUAUUUUCACUUGAAUGAGAUUCCUCUAUUGUCCAUUAUAAGUCACGUUAUGAUAGCAGUAGAAAAAGACGUGACAUGCACUAAUUUUUCUCCCAAUAUCUUCCUAACGGCCGGUACACUGACGGGCACAAACAUCAGUGUGAAAGGAGCCUAAGUCUUGGCAUCAAUACUGAAGAGUUUCUGUUUUACCGCACUUACUAUACAGUAAGUGUUUUACCGCACUUACUAUUUUGCUAUACAGUUCCCGUAUACGGUUUCAAGUUAAAAAGUGUACGGAACCGUAUAGAAAACCGUAUGCAUUGACUUAACAUUGUAAACCCUAUGUCAAACGCAUCAUCCGGUUUAGUCCGUUUUGCCUCUUAUACGGGUUUUGUCCGUUUUAUUUUCCCGUACCCAUAACCGUAGUCUACCACGUUUUUUGGUCCGGGUGAAAAAUCGUAUUAAACCGUAUAUGUUUUUUUUAAACAUGGGAGUCAAUGGGAACCGUAUGUGCGUACGGUUCCAUCCAGUUUUCACCAUACGGUUUUUGACUUUGCACAGUUUUUUAUUCUUGGAAUUUCAAUCAAACAAGUGAAACUUUAUUCAAAAUGGAAUGAAAAGUUAAAAACGUAUACGUUUUUUUCUUAAAAAACUGAUGCAACCGGACAUAAUUUUUCAAACUGUAUAGGGGUUCAAAUUUGUACACACGUUUUGAUACAGUUUAGUCAGGUUUUCAGGAAAUCCAUUUGGAUCUGUUCUGAUUGGGAUUUGAGAUGCUUCCGGACCUUCCGUGCUCCUUCCAUUACGUCUGUAGAAGAGAAUAUAACCAUUAUAGCCAAAGUCAGGUUACAUAUAAUAAGGAAUGGGAGGCAUUAGGAUUGUAUAAUGUAUGAAAUUACUAAUAAAUGUCCCAGCAUAGAUCCCACAUAUUGCGUUAAUUUUUUUAUUUAGGACACUUUCUAUUUUUAAAAUCAAUCAUUUUAUAAGAGGCAAUUGUACUACCUGUAUACCACCCUGCAAGAGAGUCUCCUAUCCAGUGAAAUGAAGUAGGUUUUGUGGUUUUAACACUUUAAUAAUUGUACAGGGUGUGUAAUGACUAUCAAAUGUAGGCCCACUGUGCCACCAAGUCCCUACUUCUGGUCUCAGUAUAGGUGGCAGCUAGCCUUCCAGGCCAAAAAGCACUUAGGGGGUUAGACAGAAGACGAGUGUAGUCCAAGGUCUAAGCCUUGUAUGUUAGGUAUGUAGGCCGUUAUCAUGCAACGGGUCAGGGCAGGCAGCACAGAAUUUGGGGAUAGGCUAAAGUCCAACAUAGGUAGGCAGCAGGAUACAAACAGCAGGCAGAGAUGAGGUUAGGAAAACUGUCAGGGUCAUACACAGAAACACCACUGCAUACACAUGAACAUCUUCACGGGAACUCUAACAAGCCGGAAACCUUUGCUCAGGUAGGGUUGAGCUGAUGAAGCCUCCUUACAGAGCAGGCACUAGAUAGAGAUUGUAUGUGGAUUGAUUUGGGUUGAGGCGCUGGCUCUUUAAGAGGCAGGAAAGAAGUGUGCACGUACCCUAUGGGCAGAGCCAGGAGCAGCAACGGGACGAGCACGGACUGGGCCGAGUGGUGUGAAGCUAAGCCGGCGGUUGCAGUCUGCCAGUGUUUUAGUAUUAUAUAUUACUGGUAUAAUUUCAUUCACAUAUUAA